AUGGAUGUAAUGGAAUCCGCGGUAACGGAAGCACGUGCAUGGGCUGCGGCUAGUCCGAUGGAUGUAAUGGAAUCCGCGGUAACGGAAGCACGUGCAUGGGCUGCGGCUCAAACGAAAGUAACGGAGCCUCGGGCAGGAAUUGGGUGGUACUAUUUUGAUCCGGAAUCGGGCUCAAUAUUGGUGGGAUCCAGCAAUAUUAGGCGGGGUUUAUCUCCCCUACAGACGGAAUUGGAGGCUUUAGUUUGGGCUAUGCAAAGUAUGUUAGCCCAUAACAAACAACGGAUGAAUUUCCAAACAGACUGUGCUCAGUUGGUAAAGAUGGUGUCCAAACCGGCAGAGUGUCCAGCUUUUGAGAUUUUGCUUGAAGAAAUGGACAAAUGCAGAAGGAUGUUCCAGGCGUUCUCCCUUACACACAUCCCCACAUCACAAAACACGAAGGCAGACAAGUUAGCACGGAGUGCUCGAGAUCAGCCUCAUAAUGUGUACUACAUCAACUCAAUUCCACCGGCUUCGCUCCCGUGCCGUUAUAGAAAUUUAGGCUGUUGA